AAAUUUGCGAACCUGUUUCUAUCAUCAAACGAGUCGUCUGCAAAGCAAUGCCGGUUCUGCUUUAAAGACAAGACACUUUCAAGACGUGAAAUGUUUCCUAAUCAAAUAGUUACCCGAGAACUAUUCAGUGGGAGUCAGAGUAUACAAGAGCAAAGUCACCAAAAUGACUUUUCCCAACUUCAGCAUGUUCAGUUCACACAGUUUGACAUGUCACAGCCCCAUUCUCAGGAUUUCUUUUCUCAAGAGCAGAAUUCAGUAAGCUCUAAUUCUCAGUCACAAAGCAUCAGAGCUCCUGCAAUAGACAAGUACAUGCCACUUAAACCAUCAUUGUUCCGAAAUCAAAGUCAGAGUAGGAUAUCUGCGCUGAGCAGGACAGAGCCAGAAGAGAAUCAAAUAAGAAAUGCUACCAGAUCAAACAUUUUAGCAUCUUAUGAUGCCCAACAACUUUCCAAACAGAAGAUUAAGUCAAAAGAGAGAGAUGAAAGGGACUUGCUUAACAGUAUAGUGUGUAUGGUUAAGGAAUGCACUGAGGAGGUGAAACAAAGCAUGAAAAGUAUAAGUUCAAAUGGAGCAGAUAAUGCAGAUGUUUUGCAGUCAUCUAUUAGAGCAUUUUCAGAGUCCUUGCAAGAAUCAAGUAAAAAUAUUCUGAAAGCAAUAGAAGUGAAGGAUGAACACUCAAGUAUUAUUUCAUCCCUACAGAGAAAACUUGAACAGAGAGAUGAAAGAAUUCAGGAGUUGUUACAGAUGAAACAAAAUUGUGAUGGAGAUUUACGCAGUAUGCUUGAUUCUUUGAAAACAUUUAUCUUGGAUCAACAGUCUGAAACUGAACUGAAAAUACUUAAAAUCCAGGAAAGUACACAAGAGCAGCUUAAAGUAACAGAAGAACUAGGAAACAGUCACAGGCUUUUUUAUGAAGUAAAUAGUAAAAAUUACAAAGAUGUCAAAUACGCUAAUGCUCAGCAAUCUCAGGCGGUUGAGAAAAGGCUUCUUGAUGAACUUAGUAGAAUAAGGAAAGACCUAGAUCGCCAAAGAUGUGAUUUUGAAGAUUUCUUUAAAAAUCAGAUUCUCACUGCUCAUACGGAUCAUUUAAUUGCACUUGAGCAACAUGUUGAAAGAGGUAUGAUGCAGGGAUUGAGACAAGUUCCACACAAGAGUGAUGAAAUUAUUGGCAAAUGGCAGUCAGACUUGAAAGCCUUCUGUAAAUCUCAGCAAAGAGAUAUAGAAAAUUACAUACAAUUCCAGACUACAGAACAGACAAAACAAAUUCUAAAGGAGACUCAGGAUACCUAUGGUAGACAACAAAAAAGAAUCCAUAAAGAAAUAUGUGACUCCUUGAAAGAUUUCAAAGCUGGACAAAAGAAAGAAAACAUAAACUGCCUAAAAGAGAUUGAACAUUCUCUUAGAAAUGAAGACAAAAGACCCUGGCAGAAUGAAACUGUUCCUAAAGUUGUACAAGAUAAAUUAGAUGAUUUACACAAUUAUCACCAGGCUGAGAUAAAAAGACUUGAAGCUGAAAUUGAAAUUCAAAAGAAGAAUAAGGAAACACAGGAGAAAGAAAAUAACUCGAAGAAUGAUGCUGAGAAUGCAGUAAAUUACAUUUUACAGAACGUUUUUAAUCUCCAACAAAAUGGCAGUGGUACACUAGAAAACAAUUCUUGUUCAAAGAAAAGCUUCACAUCCAUGUUUAAGAAUGGCCCAGGCUUGUUGUCACCUCGUCCUCCAAAAGGGACUUCAUGGAACAGUAGGGCAUUGUUCGGUAGAACUAAUCCCUCUCCUAUAGCAACAGUACUUCCACAGCGAAAACAGACAAAUGAAGAUUUAGUUUGCUCAAGUAGUUUUACACCAGUCACCAAUACAGUAAAUGCAGUAGAUAAUCAAAAUGUGAAUGCAAGAGUGCUUAGAAAUAGAUCAGUGGGUAUCAAUAACAUGCCUCAAGUAUCGGGUGAUAUCAGUUCAGUUAUAAGUGACUCUGGGAACAAUAAAUGUCUGCAGUAUGUGAAUAGGAAGAAGACAAGGAAGCAGUCUGGCAAGAAGGUAAAAGCUGAUACAAAGAAAACAGGAAGAAAAAAGAUGAAAGUAAAUAAAGGUAAAAGAAACACAAUGAAACAGAACAAAGAGAAGACUGUUUUGAAUGAGAAAAGUCAUGGUAAUGAAAUUGAACAUGUAGAAAAAAUAACAUCAGGUGGUAGUAAAGAAUGGACAAAUUCUUCUGAAACCAAAAAUGUGUGUAGUAAUUUGAGCAGAAAGGAUAUCUUUGAUUUUCAUGAUGAAACUUCUAUGGGACCAGGGUUUAGAGUGCAGGAGAAAAGUACAUCAUCCAUGAAACAGAAAGAUAGUCAUAGUGAAACCAAAGGCAGGUGGUUGGCAGCUUCUGAUUCAAGAUCAGAUGACAGCAGUGUUAACUCAUCACCCUCACUUUCUGUUACGGAUAUAUUUAUUCAAAGACAAGUUCAUGCUCAGAGGAGAUCAACAGAAAGAAGAGAUAAUCAAUCUACAUAUGAGAUGUCAAAUAUUUACUGUAGUUCAAAUCUGACUGAGAUGUUUGCAGAUAUGGAUAAUCAGUUUGUCAGUUCUAAAAGAAUGUUUCAAGAUGUUCGUCCACUAAACCGAGUUGCUGGAAAGAGAAAAUUUUAUGACUUUGAGAAUUGAAUAUAUUCAUUUUGCAGAAUAUAUGGAUAAGCACACAGAACACACACCUUUUUUCCCCUGUCCAGCAUUCAUUACCUAAGUGUCUACAAGCUAAGAAUGCAUCAAUGAACAGCUUAUCUUAAUUAAAAGCAAUAUUUUGCAGUCUAUACGCAAAUAAUUUUGUAAUAUUGACUGUCAUCGAUAGAAAUUUAGUCAAGUGUUCUUCUUAAUUUAAAGUUUAUGAUAGUAUAUGCUCCAUGUAAUAUAUAUGGUCUGACAGUUAGAAGAACAGUAAAGAUUGUUUACAUUCAAUAUUUCAGUUUUCAACCAUCAAUAUGGUACAUUUUUGUGUCUUAUGAUAAUGUGAUGUUGCUUUAUUUUUAACUGUAACGUUAAAUAUAGAUAAACAUCUUGAAAAUUUAACUUUGUUGUGAUAAUGUUUGUGAAGUAUAAACAAUUUUCUUGCUGCUCAUACUUAGGUGAAAUGUUUCUCUGUUGUUAACUUGUUAGUCAGUGGUAGAUUUUCUUCUGGCUAAUUAAUAGAACUGACAUUCAGAAUGAAAAUAAACCUGCUGCUCAGAAAUUAUUUACUGCCAAAGGUUCAGUAAUUUUGUUACUAAAGUCAUACAUUUUCCUGUUGAAAUGUUACUGUUCUUUAUCAUUAUCUAUUGUUGGAAAGCCAUCUAUUAUUGCUGAAAAAAAGUCAUAGUCUUGUUGUUUUAGUAUUACAUUUUAUGUCACAACUUUAUUGAACCAUGUAAUUACUGCAUUGAACCAGUUUUGUUCAGAUAAUAUGCUGUUG